AUGUGCUCCUUGGCGGGUGCUGUCUCCCUGCAGAGGAAGUUCUGCCUGUUUUGGCUCACGUCACGCGUGUUUGGGGGUCUGGCGCCUCUGGCGGCGCCGUCGUUUUCGCCUGCGCAGCGCCGCCUGCGAUGCGGACGGCUGCCCGCAUCCGCUUGGGCGCUGCACAACAGCUGCCGUGGAUUCGCCUCAACGACUGCGGCCAACAUGCGGUUUGGAGGGAUCGGGCGAAACCGGCAGGGGCCGGACUUGCGGGGAGGGGACGAGGUUGGGGCGGCGUGGCGGGGGCAACCAACGGAGGCGGCGGACGCGGCACUGCAGGAGAUUGAGGACGCCGUCGCCGCGCUCAGGAGCGCCACCCUGCGGCACUACAACGAUGUCUUUAGCUUUUUGCCCUCGGCCGACCAUCGGCACUCGAUGGUGAUGCUGCUGGGCAACCACAGCGCGGGGAAGUCCACAAUCAUCAACUACCUUCUUGGCCGCACGGUGCAGCGGACAGGGGUGGCGCCGACGGAUGAUGGAUUCACCAUCAUUCAGCGUGGGGACAGGGACAGUGAUGAGGACGGUCCCACAAGUAUUAGCGACCCGCGGUAUCAGCUGCAGGAUUUACAGAAGUUUGGGAUGCAUUUUGUGCACCGUUUCAAAGUCAAGACGCGCCAGCUACCGACCACGUCGCGGGUCCCACGGGGAUUGAUGAUUGUGGACACGCCUGGCAUGAUUGACACCCCAAUCCACGUGAAGGACCGUACAUCGUUGGAGGGGCAAUUGCGCGGCUACGACUUUCUGGCGACCACGCGGUGGUUUGCGUCUCGCUGCGACGUCAUUCUUCUCGUGUUUGACCCCGCUAACCCCGGCACCACCGGGGAGACGCUGGACGUCCUAACGAAAUCCCUCGCCGGCUUUGAACACAAGUUUCUGCUCGUGAUGAACAAGGUUGACAUGUUUGACAAGGCGACGGACUUUGGCAGGUCCUACGGGGCACUCUGCUGGAACCUCAGUAAGGUCAUGACCAUGAAGGACAUUCCGCGCAUCUACACCACUUUCAUUCCUGUUAAGACCGCUGCAACGGAAGAAUUGGAGGUCGCACCCACAACGAUCUCCGACCCCUCCUCCUCCUCGUCAGCGGCUCCAACCACAACGGCCCCAACGGUCGAAGCAUCAUCGGCGUCGUCGCUGGAAGAGAGGGUUGCCGUGGUGGCGAUGCAGGAGUUUGUGCGGGAACGGAAUGAAGUGAUGGAGGAGCUGCUGAAGGCCCCGCUGCGCCGCCUCGACAACCUCAUCACGGAGACCGAGGAGGGCGCACGACGGAUCCUCCUCGCGGGGCGCGUAUGCAACGCAAUUGUUUGGAAGCAUCGUCAGCAACAAGUGAUCGCCGUUCUCGCACCCUCCGCGUUGCUUGGCUUGGCCGCAUGUGUCCUCGCCUUGGGCGGGAUUAGCGGUACGGCGAUGUCCAUUGCCGGCGUCGCGACUCUCGCUGCCGCAGGCACUCUCUACGGCUCCAUCUUUCGCCUGCAGCGCCUAGAAAGUGAGCUGCUCAACAACAGUGACGCAAUUGUGGGCCAGCUGUUUAUUGGGCGGGAGAAAUCGUUAGACCUGCAGUUGCGCUGGAGGAACAUCGUGAAACCGGAGCUUCUUGGCUUUGCGUCCUCGUCAGCGGCGGCGGGAAGGGGCGUCAUUUCCUCCCUCCCGACGCUCAGUAUGUGGGGGCAGAAAGGCAUUAACUCUAGUUUAAAGCACGACAUCCCCAGGCUCCGGCUAAAGGUGGCGGCGUACAAGGAGGCGCGCCACGGCUCGGCCAGCCGGCAUCCGGCCUCUGUGUCAUCAAGAGGCUGCUAG